CGCGCGCGGCAGCGACUCGCAGGCGCCAUGGCGGCCGCUCGCUGCAGCGACAUGGCGGAGCCCCAGCGGCGCCUUCCCGGGCAGGCGGCGCCCGCCGAGGAGGAGGAGGAGGCGGAGGUGGCGGCGGCGGAGGUGGCGGCCGCCGGUGGGGCUGGAUCCUCCUCGUCGUCGCCGCCGCCGCCGCCUUCGUCCUCGGCCGCGGCGGAGCCGGAGCCGCUGCUGCUGCUGAACGGCGAGGCGGAGAGCAUGUCGGAGCCGAGCCCGGAGAGCGCCAGCCAGGCCGGGGACGGGGAGGACGAGGACGAGGAGGAGGAAGAGGAGGAGGAGGAGGGCGGUGAGGAGGAGGAGAGCAGCCUGGUGGGCAGCAGCAGCAGCAGCACGAGCAGCGGCUGCUGCAGCGACGAGACCCGCUCGCCGAGCCCCGGCGGCGGCAGCGAGGCCGACGCCAAGGAGGAGCCCAAGGGCCCCCGGGGCAGUCAGGAGGACGGGCCGGGCCGCGGCGGCGGCGGGGGCGGCAGCAGCUCCAGCAGCGUGUCCAGCGGCGGCGACGAGGGAUACGGCACCGGCCCCGGCACGGGCGGCGGCAGCAGCUGCGGCAGCGCCACGUCGGGGGGCCGGCGGGGCAGCCUGGAGAUGUCCUCGGACGGGGAGCCCCUCAGCCGCAUGGACUCGGAGGACAGCAUAAGCAGCACUAUCAUGGACGUAGACAGCACAAUUUCCAGUGGGCGUUCCACGCCAGUCAUGAUGAAUGGACAGGGAGUUCCUGCCUCCUCUGCCAAAAGCAUUGCCUAUAACUGUUGUUGGGAUCACUGCCACGCCUGCUUCAGCUCCAGCCCGGAUUUGGCGGAUCACAUUCGCUCCAUACACGUGGAUGGUCAGCGAGGAGGGGUGUUUGUUUGCUUGUGGAAAGGUUGCAAAGUAUAUAAUACACCUUCAACAAGUCAAAGUUGGUUGCAGAGGCAUAUGCUGACACACAGUGGGGACAAACCUUUCAAGUGUGUAGUUGGUGGGUGCAAUGCCAGCUUUGCAUCUCAGGGAGGACUUGCCCGUCAUGUGCCCACACACUUCAGCCAGCAGAACUCUUCAAAAGUUGCCAGCCAGCCAAAGGCCAAAGAGGAAUCUCCAUCUAAAGCUGGAAUGAAUAAAAGAAGAAAAUUGAAGAACAAGAGACGACGAUCACUACGAACUUUAUGGAAAUUUAUGAAGCAGUGGUCAUGUUCCUGCCUUCCAUGCAGACAAGUGUGUCCUGGGAAGUUACAUUUCCUCUGGAAUUCUGAAAAGGUUCCUGAGCCUCUGGCAAGACCUCAUGACUUUUUUGAUGCACAAACACUGGAUGCUAUAAGACAUCGAGCCAUCUGCUUUAAUCUCUCAGCACAUAUAGAAAGUUUAGGAAAAGGCCACAGUGUUGUAUUUCAUAGUACUGUAAUAGCUAAAAGAAAAGAAGAUUCUGGCAAAAUAAAACUCUUGCUUCAUUGGACACCAGAGGACAUUCUGCCUGAUGUGUGGGUAAAUGAAAGUGAGCGACAUCAGUUAAAAACUAAAGUAGUUCACUUAUCAAAACUACCAAAAGAUACUGCCUUGCUUCUGGACCCAAACAUUUACAGAAAUUCUAGUAAAGGAAGUACAUACAGUGGAAUCCUGAAAGAUCACUUCUGUUAAGAUCACAUACUGAACAAUGCCCCAGAAGAGAUUGAAGAGGUAAAACCAAGCAAGUGGGGACACCUGCAGUCUUAGUCACUGACAAUGGAUUUAGAAAUAAAGUUGCACAUUAGUCAAAUCCCAUCUUUUUUUUUUUUUUUUCUUCUUUUUUUUUCUUUUUUUUUUCGUUUUUUUGUUUGUUGUUUUUUUUGUUAGAGAAAUAUUUAUGCUUAGUGUAAACAUUCUGUGAAUGAAGUUGAUGCUUCCGUGGAAUAUAUUAAUAUAUUACUGUAUAUCCACAUUUUCAUGGAAUGGUACAGUGGGAGACUGAGCAAACACUCUUCUGGCAACUUAGUGGAACAACUAAAAGGCUUUGCAUGCUUGCUUCUUUAAGCUGCUUUUUUCUUUAGUGAAUACAGUAGUCUAUAUUUGAUGGAAAGAAAAAGUAACCAUCACCAUUUCCUCUCGAUUCCCAGGAGAACUGUUAACAAGCUAUUGGGCUUCCUGUCAAUGUUAACUAAAUCUAACACAUGCCAGACAAUAGAACAGCUACCAAGGGAUGAUCCUGUUGCCCUUUGAGUAUGGUGGAUAAUAAUCAUUCGUCAUUUGUAAUCUUGUGUCCUUUUGCAGAUCCCUAAAAUAUGUUGGAUUAUGAUGUUGAAACAAAUGUUGAUGGAAUGCUUGUCUUUUCCAGUCAACUCUGAGUACAUAUAGUACGGUUGCAAGAUGUUCAGAGUGUUGCAGUCUGUCUGACCCCUUUGCAGGAGUAGUGUAGUGUGUUAAUCAGAUCUGCUUUGAUGUGAUCCGUAUCAAUGGACGGGUUUGGAAAACCUCUUUGUAAGCAGUCAGUGUUAUUGGUGAUUUAUUUUGCUUUUUUGACCCUCUAGGAUCCCCAUUCACUUGUAAAGUAUACUUUAUUUGGCCUAAUGUUUUCUAGAUGUAAAGAAAAUGGUAUUUUUUAAAAAAAAAAAAAUUAAUCUAGAAAUUCAAUCCUUUAUGCACCAAAGUUGGCUUUGAAAAGGAAAGUAAAAUCAUUUUCUUGCUUAAUAAGCAAGGAGCCGUGGAUUUUUUUUAACUGACAAAUAGAGAUGCGUCUAACCUGUUAGUCUUUGUAUGGAGACAAAAAUGUUGCAUAUAGAUAAUAGGACAUUGCUUGUAAAUAUUUCAGCAGAUUUGUAAUAUAUUUUUAUAUUAUGAAAUGUACUGUAGAUGUUUUUCUAGAGGCAUGAAAGUUAAAAUGUAUAUAUUACGGUAGAAAUAAUAUUGAAGGAUAUUGUAAUUCACUAGUGCUGCCAGAAGAAUUGUUUAAAAAAAGCACCUUCCUUAACAGUAAAAAAAAACCUUCUUUUACAUACCUAAGGGACUAUAUACUACUGUUAGUAUCUGUUGUAAGAACAAAAAUGCAUUGAACAUCCUUCCCAGAAAUCUUAGAGGGAUGAAUAGUACCCAUAAUUAAUUCAUGGCACUCCUUUCUAAUAGUGAACGCAGAAUUAGUUUUUUCCUUACUGUCGGAAGGAACUAAUAUGUAAAAUUUGUAUGGAUAUAUGCAGUCAAACUGCAGAGUUAGUCCUCCUUGUUGGGGAGGAAUUUACUACAGUGAAACUAAUAACCAGCAGUUUUUACACUAAAUUUUUAUUAAAUAGAUUAAGACUUAAAGUAACCCUUUGGUUGCAGAAGUGAGCAUAUCCUAAUGUAAUACAAAUGCAUUCUGCAUUGGUACUGACAUGAUGAGUCUUGCUUAGCUCCAGUGGGUUAAAAAUGUUACUUAUAUACACAAAAAAGUAAUCUUAUCAACGAUAUGAAGUGCAGAUUAAAAGCACCACUAAUAUAAGAUGUUCUGGAAUGGUUGUUUAAUAAGGGUAUUAUUCAUAAAAUCUGUAGUGAUGUGACUUUAUUUUUGGAAAAAAUGCAGUGUUUUGUUUUUUUAUUUUUUUUUUUGCUUGAGCACUUCACCUACUGCUUUUUCUGUACCUAUAAAGUAAUCCGUAAUCCUUGUUUCUUUUUUUUUUUUUUAAUUUGUUAUAAAAUUGCCAAAUAGAAGUGUUUCAGAUAUAGUUUGUAUUUGUAUUUUUUUAAUUUUAUUGCUUCAUGAAUUUCUUGUAAGUCAUUUAUAAUUGACAGAUGAUUGUAGACCUUGCCUGAGUAUUUUUUCUAAUAAAACAAAGCAAACAAACCUCA